AUGUUUUCUUUAAAAAAUUAUCUUCGCAAUUUAAAUGUAUUUCCAGCAUCGUCUAAUAGUGAAGAAUUAGAAGAUGAUUCACAACACCGAUCAAAUAUCAUUGCUACUCGAAUCUUUAUUCUAACUCUUAUAUUAAGUCUUUUUGGAAUCAGCAUUGCUUUAUUGUUGAUGUAUCAAACGACAAUGAUUACUAUUAAUCAGCCGACAAGAGAACAAUUUGAACUGCUUCCUAAGAAUGCUAAAUGUUCAUGUUCUCGUAUUUCAUUUUCUUAUGGCAAAUUUACUUCACUUCAAGCAAGUUUUCAUCAAGUUUGUUCGAGUGAUUUUGUUACAGAUCGAUGGUUGAAAGCGAUCAGUUCUGGUGUAGACUCCACUUAUUUUUACAUGCAAGACUUUCGAACAUAUGGUAGUGCUCAAUUUCAAGCACUUGCUGCUUUUUGUCGUUUGUCCAAAGCUAGUAUAGAUCAGAGUAUUACCUAUUUCUAUCAAAGUACAUUAUUAAGUCCACAAGUAUUAUCUGAAAAUGUUUUUCAAUCACAAAUUCGAGAAUCAAUUAAUCAAUUUCAAAUAACAGCAUCAAAUACUUUUAAAUCUCAAUUAAGAUUAAUAAAUGAAAUGAUAAUUCACAAUCAACUAGUCUCUGGACUAAUGACAAAUUAUUUUUAUUAUCAAUACUAUAGUUCUUCUAAUGGUAUACUUCAAUGGAUAUAUUCAUUAUAUUAUACACAAAGUGAUAGUUCACGAUGUAAUUGUCGCACUGACUUCUGCGGGAAGAUUCCGUCGCUUAUUGUUGAUGUAUUCGGAGCAUCGAGUCCAGUAGUGUCAGGCAAUACUCGAUGGUCUAUAUUGGGAAUGUCAUCGGGUUGUCUACCAGUGACUUCGAUGCUCGUUUCAACACUCGAAUGUUUCUACAAUCAGACAUGUGUAAACAAACUCAUUUCAUAUUUCUUGACAAUUGAGAGUUUUACAGCGAUGAUCUAUAACAAUCAAAGUGUUUACAAUCAAAAUUCUACAAUUGAAUCAAUAGUUGAUAAUUUAAUGAUUGAAGAUUGGAUGAUAAAUAUUUCAUAUGACAAGUAUUAUUCCGAAUGUGCCCCAGCAUCAUGUACUUAUAUCAAUAUAUCUCGACAUGAUUUUAUAUAUGUGUUGAUCAAACUUAUCAGUGUAUUGAGUGGCUUAAUACUAGUACUUCGAUUUGCCGCCCUCAUUAUUAUUCAAUUUAUGCAAAACAUGAGAAAUGGUGCAACAAGACAGCGAAUUCCUUGGCGUGUACGUUUGCAUAAAUUCAUAGUGCUGAUUCGAAAAAUAAUCAUUGAACUGAAUAUAUUCGAGCAUUAUCCAAGUACCGAUCGACAAAUACGUUUUCAGCGUUAUGGCACUCGACUUUAUAUAUUUUUACUUUUCAAUUCACUUGCAGUUUUAAUUACUCUUACUUUUCUGAAAAGUUCAAUUCAAUCGAAAACGAUUCUUCAUCCAACUCAGUCCCAAUUUAUACAACUUCAACAAGAUUAUCCACAGACUCUUUUAUGUCCAUGUACUGAAAUUUCUAUGAAUUAUUCUACUUUUAUAACCAUUCAACCUCAUUACCAUCAAUUAUGUUCAAGUGAUUUGAUUUCUGACAAAUGGAUUGAAUAUAUUGUGGGUAGUAUAUAUGAUGAUAUUGUUUACUACACUAAUGAUUAUAGAGUCAUAGGUUAUAGUCAGUUUCAAUUACUUACUAUGUUUUGUCAACAAGCACAACAAACCAUUGAUGAUGCUCUUCGUGUGUUUCUUCAAACAACAUUUAUUAGUUCUCAAGUUCUUACUCAACAAUCAUUCCAAGUUCAAAUCAAUUCAGUUAUCGAGACUUGGAAACUAACAACUGUCAACACAUUUAUCCGAACUAUUGAAUUAUUUCGUGCAACUAUGCAAGGAAAUCAAUUGGCUAGUGGUAUUGCAAAUAACAAUCGUACUACAAAUUCUAUAUCGGGAAAAUCAACAUGGUACGCAAGGAUAUAUUCUAAUUGUCUUUGUGCUCUAUCUGCAACAUGCCAUCAAACAAUUGGUAUUUACGUUUAUAAUUCAUCUUCGAUUAUACCCACACUGCUCUAUUCAAUUCCUACCUUCUUUAUUGGUUGUAAUCCUACUGAAGCUUUACUUUUAUCAUCAUUAGAAUGCUUCUAUAAUCUUUCAUGUAUGUUGGAAAUUGAUCAUUAUAUAAAUUCUUCCGAAUCUUUCAAUUUUUCUGCUCUCAAUCCAGAUCUUAAUCCAUCAAAUGAAACUAUGGAAAAUAUUGUUAAUCGAUUAAUGGUUGAUACAUGGUCGUCUAAUAUAUCUUUUCCUUUAUAUUAUAAUCAAUGCGCGCCAUUAUCAUGUACAGUUCAAUAUGAAGAUCGUGAUAAUCUUUUUCUUAUCAUUACUAGUAUCGUCGGUAUAUUUGGUGGAUUAUCACUUGGAUUAAAACUCGUUAUUUCUAUUAUACUUCAGUCUAUCGAUAAAAUAUUAAUCAAUGGUGUUGCACAUUUCAAUUUAUUACAAUCUAUUAAGUCAAUAUUUAGUUGUACUACAGAACAUCAACUUAUUCAUCGAUUACAUUUUAUAUUAGUUGUGGUAACUCUCUCAAUUAUUUAUAUAUUUUCUGCUUUUAGUUCUCGUAGCAUCACUAUUGAAAUUGAAAAACCAUCGUUAUCAACUUUUACAGAUUUAGAAACACGAUUCGACGAUUCUUUACAAUGUUCUUGUUCACAGAUUUCGAUCAAAUACGAAUCAUUUCUUAAUGUCACAUCUCGUUUUCAUUCAUUAUGUUCAAGUGAUUUUGUUUCUAAUCGUUGGAUCGAAUAUCUCUAUGGUGAUAUUCCUCCUAUUGAUCUAUAUUCUCCAAAUGAUUUCUUAUAUUCAGCUGAAGGACAAUUUCAGAUACUUGCUUCAUUUUGUCAACUAUCUCAGAAAAUAGUCGCCGAUGCGCUUAUGCAACUCGGUGUCAGUGAUUUUAUCAAUACACAACUUUUAUCUUCAAGUUCAUUAAACGAUCGUAUUCAAGCGACAAUCAAUGAAUUUCAAUUAACAAUGCCACAAUUAUUUGUCAGAAGUCUUUUAUUGAUUCGCGAAACGAUUGGAGCAAAUAUGUUAAUGAGUAUAUUAUCUACCAAUUGGAUAUUUGCUAUUUCACGUAAUACGACUGGCAGUGGAAUGAUGCAUAAUAUACCAUUAAAAUUUGAAGGAUGUAGCUGUGCAUUAUCAUCUAAAUGUGUAUCAUCAUCUCGAGGUAUGUUAUCUGGUUGUUAUCCAUUGGAGUCUAUAUUACAAUCGACAUUGAUCUGUCUCAGUGAUCAAACAUGUAUUGAUCCAACGAAGACUUUUAAAGCAUUAGACAGUUCUUCAUCAAUAUCAAGUCGUUUUCCUCUGAAUACAACUAUUGAAUCGAUUGUAAAUGAAUUAAUAGUUGAAGAAUUGUUGAGUAAUAUGUCAUAUGAAGCUUAUUAUAAACAAUGUGCACCAUUAUCAUGUACUUACUCUUAUAUUGACAAUAGGAAUGUGAUCGAUGGUAUAACAAUUUUAAUUAGUUUAUAUGGUGGUUUGGUAAUUAUUUAUCGGAUAUUGGCUAUUUUUAUAGUCAAACAAUGUUUAUGUAUGACAAAAAGAGUUACUCCAACAGAAACAGACUAA